AUGGCCACUCCUCAAGAUGAUGAGCAUCGUUCAUCACAACGUAGUGGUAAUGUAAUCCGUGUUCGAGCUCCAUUAUCUUUUCAAAGAUCAUCGAUUCCAAUAGCACCACCACUUAUGUCAAAUUUAAGAAAUUCUCAAGUAAAUGUCAACGAUAACAUGAAUGAACAACAUCCCAUUGUUCAAUUGAGUUCUGGUGUUGUUAGACAUCAUCGUAAUAGAGGUCAUAGUUCAAAUGCUAGAGGUGGAGGAAGACAAACAAAUAUGAAUAACCAUACUCAAUCUUUUAUGCCAAAUAAUAAUAAUAAUAAUAGAGAUUUUUCUUCAAGACCUAAUUCAGGAUCUACAAAUUCAACCACUAGACAAACAUCAAAUAGAGUAUCAUCUCUACCACAUAUUACAUAUCCUAUGCUUACUAAUUUACUUGAUAAACAACCAGAUGAAAUUCUUGAUCAAAUGCUUCAUCCAAAUUUUCAAUUAAAAGCAUUUUUAAAAGAUGAUCGAAUGAAAAAACGAUCUGAUUGGAUAGUAACAAUGACAAGAUUACUUGAAAAGAUUACUACUUGUAAUACAUCAAGUGAACGUAUAAUCAAGGUUUUAGAACAAUUACCUAGAACAUUAUAUAUCGAAGGUGUUUAUGAAGAAGUUGCUAAACUUGAUCCUAUAACUGAUCAAUUACGUUUCGAUUUUAUUCAAUUAUUCCUCAAAAUAUUCAAUAAAUUUCUUUCUAUAACACCACAUUCUGCUGAUGAUUUAAUUAAAAUAUCUGAACGUAUUGAAUUACAAUUUCAUAAAACUAAAAUAAAAUCACAGGAAUUUGAAGAUACAAAAGUUCUACUUGAUGAAGUACUUGAACAAAUUGAAGCUAUAAAUUAUCGUAAAAAACAAAAACAAGAAUUAUUAAAAGCAAAAAUGCCGACGACGGCGACUAAUAAUAAUAAUAAUAUUGAAGAAAAUAUUGAUCCACCACCAGAUGAUUAUCGUCUUUUACCAAUUAUACCAAAUGUAACAGAAAUUUUAUCUGAACGAAAACCAUAUCUUCGAAGAAAUAUUAUUAAUGGUGUUUAUGAAGAUCCUCAACAUUAUCUUGAUAUUCAUUUCCGUCUUUUACGUGAAGAUUUUGUUGGUCCACUACGUGAUGGUAUUACACAAUAUCUUUCUAAUACUGGUGGUAAAAAUUUUAAUGUACGUAUCUAUGAAAAUGUUCGAUCACUUGGUUCACGAUUAAGUCCACGUAGUGGUAUUGUUUAUGAUUUACGUUUGGAUAUUGUUAUGGCAUCGAAAAUUUCUUGGGUUAAUAGUCGACGAUUGAUAUAUGGCAAUUUACUUGUUCUUACUUAUGAUAAUUUUAAAACAUGUGCAUUUGUUACUGUCGAAGAUCGAACACAAAUUGAAAAGGAUUUCAUUAUAUCGGUAAAAACAUUAGAAAAAAUAAAUAAUAGUGAACAAAUACAAGUAGAUCUUGAUGCAAUUGAUUCAUCAUAUUCAUUAAUAAUGAUUGAAACUACAACAUAUUUUGAAGCUUAUCGUCCAGUUCUUAAUGCUCUACAAUCAAUCGAUAUUGAACAUACAUUUCCACUUGCUCCAUUUCUUCUCAAAUUAAGUAAUGAAAUGGUACCACCAGAUUAUAUUACACCAACAACAACUUAUGAUUUUACUCCUUUGCUUGUUCAACCGAAUUCAGUUGUAACAGCUAGUGUUGUUGUUCAUGAAAGCGUACCACAACAUCGAGGUCUUGGACGUCGAGGUCCGAUUCAACCAAUUACUGCUAAAGAAUUUCAAAUUCGAUAUAAACAAUCAAAUCAAGUAUUACCAAAAUAUAAAUCUGUUUCAUUACUUAAAAAGGAUGAUUGGCCAACACAUGAUGAAUUACAUCUUAAUCCAAAACAACGAGACGCUUUAAUUUUAGCUUUAACAAGUAAAGUUGCACUUAUUCAAGGACCACCGGGAACUGGAAAAACUUUUCUUGGUGUACGAAUAACUGAAAUGCUUUUACAUAAUCGAUCUGUAUGGUGUCCACCAGAUGAACAAGCAACACCAAUUCUAAUGAUAUGUCAUACAAAUCAUGCACUUGAUCAAUUUUUAGAAUUAAUUAUUAAACGUCUUAAUAUAAAGGAAGGUAUUAUUCGUGUUGGUAAUCGUUGUCAAAAUGCUACUAUUCAAAAUUUUUCAUUGAUUAAUGCACGUAAACAUGCACGUGAAAGUCGAGCCAUACCUGGUCAUAUCUAUCAUCAAAAACGUUUGAUAUUAGAUAAAAAAACUGAAGCUGAAGAAGUAUUAAAAAUACAUGAACAUAAAAUUGUUCAUUCUCGGACAAAUAUCAUACCACUUUCAUCAUUUACUGAUUAUUCUAUUAUUGAUAAGAAACAUAUUUCAUCAUUAUUAGCUCCAUAUCCUGAUGAUGAUUAUUUUGAUAUAGCAUUAUGGGAUUGGCUUGGCAUAGGUCAAGAUUGUGAGCAAAUAUCCGAAGAUUUAAUUAAUGUCUUAGAUAUUAAUACUUCAAUAUCGAAAAUGGACAUCAAUGAUAACGAGAAAAAAGAAGAAGAAAACAAAGUUGAUGAUGAACAAAAACAAAAUGAUGAAGUAGAAACACAAACACAAGACGGAGAAAAUAAAGAUGAUGAUGAACAGCAAGAGAAAAAAGAACAAGAAAUCAAUGAAGAAGAGGAAGAAGAACAACGAAGACGCGAUGAAUUAGAAAUUGAAGCAGAAUAUUUUGUUCCAUCUGCUGUUCCUAAACUACAAUCAAAGAAAUCAAAAUCAACGAAAGCUUCAUCAACAGAUAAUAAUGGAGACGAUGAAUGGCGUGUUGUAAAAAAGAAACCUAAUAAUCGUCGUCGAUUAAUCAAAAAUAUUCUUCAAUAUCCAACAACAUUAACUGAUCAAACAAUUCAACAACUAGAUCAUGAUCUUUGGGCACUUCCUACUGCUCAACGUCAUGAUCUUUAUCGUUAUUGGCUUUUAAAAUAUCAACAUUGCAUAAAUGAUUCAGUUCAUGAUGCUAAACAUGAAUAUAACAAAGCAGUAACUGCUCUGGCUGAAUAUCAUCAAGAUGAAGACUAUUUUAUCUUAAAAGAUAGUAUUAUUGUGGCAAUGACUACAACAUGUGCUGCAAAAUAUCAUACUGUUUUAGAAAAACUUCAAAGUAAAAUUGUUAUUGUUGAAGAAGCAGCUGCAAUAUUUGAAGCACAUAUUAUUACUGCAUUGAAUACUAAAUGUGAACAUUUAAUUUUAAUUGGUGAUCAUGUACAAUUAAGACCUAGUCCAAGUGUAUAUGAACUUGGAAUGAAAUUUAAAAUUGAUGUUUCAUUAUUUGAACGUUUUGUUAAAAAUAAUUUUCCAAAUGUUCGAUUGAAUAUUCAGCAUCGUAUGCGUCCAGAAGUUGCUCGUAUAAUGAAACAUUUUUAUGAUGAUUUGGAAGAUCAUGUUAGCGUUACAACUGAACGACCACCAGUUCGUGGUAUUAACAACAAUGUGUUUUUUAUUAAUCAUUCAAAUCCUGAAACAGCUGUAGCUGAUGGAAGUUCAAAACGAAAUAAGUUCGAAGCAAGUUAUGUUAUUGAAUUAGCAAAAUAUUUAAUAAAACAAGGUUAUCAAGCGCAACAAAUAACAAUACUUGUAAUGUAUCUUGGUCAACGACAAUUAAUUGCUAAUCAAGCAAAACCAAUUAAACUUUUACAUGGUAUUCGUAUCAUGGUUACAGAUAAUUAUCAAGGUGAAGAAAAUGAUAUAAUUAUAUUAUCAUUAGUACGAAGUAAUACACAGAAAAGUAUUGGCUUUCUUAAAAUUCAUAAUCGAAUAUGUGUGGCUUUAUCACGUGCACGUUGUGGUCUUUUUGUUAUUGGUAAUAUGACUUUAUUAGCAGAAGUAGAAGACAUGUGGAAAAAAAUUAUUAAAUCAUUAGCUGAAACUAAUGAAAUAGGCAAAGGUUUAAGUCUUUCUUGUCGUCAACAUGAAAAAGAUAAAUUUAUUGCUGAUAAACCAGAAUCAUUUGCACAACGUCCAGAAGGUGGCUGUAAUAAACCAUGUUGUACUCGACUUAAAUGUGGUCAUCAAUGUGAAUUAAUGUGUCACAAUUAUGAUUUUGAACAUAAAGAAGUAGUUUGCCGUAAAAGAUGUAAUGACAUUUUAUCAUGUGGUCAUCCAUGUACAAAACGAUGUCAUGCAGCUACACCAAAUCAACAUGAUCCAUGCCGAGUUCGUGUCGAAAAAACAAUCAAGCAAUGUGGUCAUAAAAUAUCCUUUCAAUGUGCACGAACACCAACUGUUAAUGAUUGUCAACAACUAGUUUUAAGACAUCUUCCUUGUGGUCAUGCUGUUAAUGUUCCAUGUUGUAUUGUUUCAUCACCAUCAGAAUUAAAAAAAUUUCCUUGUUCACAACCUUGUAAGACGGCACUUGCUUGUAAACAUGAAUGUACGGGAACAUGUGGACGAUGUCGUACCGGUCAAUUGCAUAUACCAUGUCAACAAAAAUGUGAUCGCCCAUUGAUUUGCUCACAUGUGUGCAAAGCACCUUGUGCUUCGAAUUGUCCACCAUGCUUAAAGGCAUGUCAAACACGCUGUGUUCAUUCUCAAUGUAAAAAGCAAUGUGGUGAAUUAUGCACACCAUGCAAAGAGCCAUGUGCUUACAAAUGUAAACAUUUGCAAUGUACACGUUUAUGUUCAGAGCCAUGUAAUCGUGGACCAUGUGAUCAGCCAUGUGAUAAAAAAUUAAAAUGUGGUCAUGAUUGUAUUGGUAUUUGUGGUGAACCAUGUCCUCCACAAUGUCGUAUUUGUAAUAAACAUAUUGUCCAAGAAAUAUUCUUUGGUACAGAAGAGGAACCUGAUGCACGUUUUGUUUUCUUACCUGAUUGCGAACAUUUGAUUGAAGUAUCAGCACUCGAUACAUAUGUUGGAAAUUCAAUUAAUAAUCCAAGUGAAAAUGUAGCUAUUCGUUUUCCUGAAUGUCCUCGUUGUAAACAACAAAUUCGUCGUUGUACAAGAUAUAUGCCAAUUAUUAAUCAAGUACAUAAUUUAAUUACAAAAGUAAAAACAAAAGUCCUAGGUAAUCGUACCGAACAAGAAAUGAACGAUCAACGAAUACGUUUAGUGGCCGAUUUUGAACAAACAAAAAAUAAUUUGAAGGAAACUAAUCUUGAACAAACGAAAGCUUUCUUUGCAACAUUAUAUAAUCCAGAUGGUCUUUUAUCUGAUGAUAUCUUAGCUCUCAUGAAGAAUAUUCUUUUAUUUCUUAAAGAAAUCGAUAAACUUUUGAUUGAUGGACGAAAAAGACUAUCAGACAAUACAUUUGAUGAUUUAAUUAGUGCACCACUUAAUCAUAUUAUUAAAUAUUUAACACAUCGUCUACAUCGAAAUUUUUCAUUACAACAAACAAAUGAUAUUCAAGCAGAAUUAGAACGCAUUCGUCGUUUAAUUUAUAUUGAAACUCUUAUUCAUUCAUAUAAAUCACAAAUUUUAACACGUACUUUAAAAAAAGAAGAUCAAGAGGGUUUGGAUUCUAUGCAAUAUCUCACAAAAAAACCUGGUCCAUUUACUGAACAAGAUAAACAAAAAUUUGAUACGCUUGUUAAAAAAUUUCAACAUCUAAAUAAUUUACCUGGCUUAGGUAUAACUGAACGUGAACGAUUAGCGAUUGUUGGUGCAUUGAGUCUGACUCAAGGUCAUUGGUAUGUUUGUCCUAAAGGUCAUCCUUAUGUGAUUACUGAAUGUGGCGGUGCCAGUCAAGUAAGUAAAUGUCCAGAAUGUGGAGAAGAAAUUGGUGGUCAAAAUCAUCAAUUAUUGUCAACAAACCGUCAUUUCGGUUUAAUGGAUGGUUCACAGCAUUCUGCGUGGUCUAACGACGCUAAUUUGAAUAUCCGUGUACCUUUUUUAUAA